CAAAAAUAAACACAUUCUAACAGUUAUUAAACCCUAAAUCAAGAAAACAGUGAAGCCACUUCCCCUUUGUAUCAGAAACAACAAAUUGGAGGGAAUCGCUCUCAUCUCAACGCAGCCGGAGUUGCUCGUCGGCCACCAGAAACAGCGGCGACAAAUUCACCGUUCAGAGCGACGAUAUUGAUAACUUAUAUUUGAAAUAGAAAAUGUCAAGUAAGAAGGAAGAGAAAGCUCAGGUUGCAGCUGAUAGAAUCAAAGCUGCAGCAUUAACUGCUGCUAAAGGGCUUAGUCGUGCUCAGGCCGAAAGGGCAGCGACUGCGGCUGCUCGAAAUGUUAAUGCUUAUGGUCAGAAGGAAGAAGGGCCUAGCAGAUGGCAGGAGAAAAGAGAAGCUAAGAGACAGAUGUAUUUGAUGAGUACUGAGAAAGCUGUUAAAUUGGGUGAAAGGAAGGAUGUUAAGCCUACUAUGUCAACCAUCGGUGGCAAUGCACAGUGCCAAAAGUGUUUCCAGAGUGGCCACUGGACAUAUGAAUGCAAGAAUGAACGGGUUUAUAUUUCACGGCCGUCUCGGACUCAGCAACUUAAAAACCCUAAAUUGAGGCCGGAAGUGUCUGUGCCAUAUGAUUUGGAUGAUAAUACUAAUAAUAAUCAUGAUGCUAAGGAGGAAAAGGCUAAAGUGAGUUCCAAAAAGGCCAAGAGGAAACAUCGUUCUGGUAGUGACAGUGAGGAUUCGGUGUUUGAGACUGAUAGUGAUAGUGGAUCAUCAUCUGUAACUGGAUCAGAUUAUUCUUCUGAUAGUAGUUCGGGUUCAAGCUCAUCAUCUGAUUCAGAGGAAGAAAGGAGACGUAGGAAGAAGAAGAGUCAGAAGAAGACACAGACUAAGAAGAAGAGCAAAGGAAAAAGCAGGAGGUACAGUACAUCGUCUGAAUCAUCUGAUUCAGAUUCUGGUUCAGACUCUGAUUCUGAUGAUAAAAGCAGCCGGAGAAAGAAGAGGCAUAGUCGAAGACGUUGAAUGAAACUGAAGAAUGUAUGGAGCAGCUAAGUGUUUGGGGAGUAGGUGAUAAGAAGGAUCGAUUACUAGCUCCACAGAUACAAUCUUCAAGUUUAGCAGAUAUAAUGUAGAAUAAGCUUUGCUAGAUGCCCUGGUUGUACGUAUUUUCUUCCGUUAACUUCGUUAUCCUGAAGAUACUUGGAAGUUUCAUUUUAUCUUUAACGUUUUACCUUAUGGGCUGUGAUUUAUGUAUGUUGUGAUUCUUAAGCAGUUAUAUAGAUUUUGCAAUUGAUGCAUGCUUCAAA